GAGCAAGGGAAUCCACACAACCCAAGAGAGAAGGAAGGAGGAGAGCAGUCCGCAGGUUCGUUCUUCAGUGCGUAGCUCUGAUUGUUUGAGCCAUAACUUGAGAUUUACUCAUCCAAAUAAGGCGUGCGAGAUACCAACAGAAAGCUCUCAAGACGAGGAAUCCGUGAAGGUCUGGCUUGCAUCAAUCGGAGUAGUGGAAGGCUUACAAAUCGACCGAGCAAAACACGACCUCGCAGAAUACGUUUUUUGUAUUCAAAGUUAGGGAACGAUUUCGUCGGGAAACACCCGUUCUAGGGACUGUUUUUGUGUCUUCGGUUAGGAGUUGAACUAGCACUUUGAAGAGGCUGUUUAACACUCAAUUCCAAGCAAGGAAUCAGUUCUCAAUCUUCCUUGGCCGAGGCUUUGGUAAUUGGAUCGAGAAGGAAAGUUUUAAAGCUCAUUUGAGGUUGAGGCUAGAGCGUGCAUCCUGUGCUCGUUGAUCGAGUGAUCCCUCGGAGAGAAGACUUGCCAUUACUAUUGGUGUUUGCAAAUGUGCAGCUGAUUAGAUUGUUCAACUAAAACAAGAUCAACUGAAAUAACAACAAAUGAAACAAAGUGAAGGUGCAAGUUACUUGAAGGAAGGUGAUGACUACUUUGGGCUAUUUUAGGAAAUUGCUAGUGCAGAAAAACUAGUAGGCUAAAAGGUCAAAUAGGUCCUCGAACUAACUUAAAAAGUGCAAAUCACCUCUUAUAUAAGAGGCUUUGUCCGGAAAGACAGUCAAAUGAUUUUCUAGAAAUGUACUGCGCUUUUUAACUGUGCAGUUAUCUUCAAAAAUUCAUUUGACUGCCUUCCCGAUUGAAUUUUUAAUUGAAAUGUAGUAUGAAUAAACUAGACUUAAUGAAGAAGAUGUUCAAAAAAUUCCACCGGGAACCACCCCAAAUGGCGGUGGCUGGACAGAGUCUCCUAUAUAAGGGGUGAUUUGCACUUUUUAAGUUAGUUCGAGAGCCUAUUUGACCCUUUAGCCAAAUUAGUUUAAGAGAUUGCAGACGACUGUCUUGAAGGUGUUCCUAUGAUUGUUCCUAUGAAGAUAUACUUUAUUAAAGAUAGUAGAUACUACUCCGUAGUCCGGGUUCGACGUAUUCCUACGGCUGUGCAAGAGCCAAAUAAGAAGUCAUAUGGGUUUUGUGAUACCCAUAAGUGGACAAAGAGGAGUAUAUUUUGGGAGUUACCAUAUUGGAAAGACCUUCUCAUUCGUCACAAUAUAGAUGUCAUGCACACUAAGAGGAACAUGUUUGACAAUAUAUUUAACACAGUGAUGGAUUUCAAAGGCAAAACUAAAGACGGUCUUGCAUCUAGAAAAGAUAUGACUAUUUGGUGUGACAGACCCGAACUUUCUGUUGAUCUAGAAUAUACUGGUAACAAUAUUCCAAAAGCAGUCUACCAAGUCACAGAAGCACAAAAGGAAACAAUAUUACAAUGGCUUGUGUCUCUAAAGUUUCCAGAUGGCUACUGCUCCAACUCGUCCAGAUGCGUGGACAUGAACAAACUUACAACGACGUCGAGCAUGAAAACUCACGAUGCUCAUGUAAUCAUGCAAAGACUUCUCCCAAUUGCAAUGAAAGAGAUGCUUCCUGAACACGUAUGGUCCUGCAUUACUGAGAUCAGUUUGUUGUUCCAGCGUUUUGGAUGCAGCAUCCCUCCGGAGACUAAAAGAGUCUGUUCCUAU